UCCUUAUUCUCCUCAACCUCCCGCUCUGCCUCCAGCUGUCAUCUCAGCAGCCAGUCAGAGCCAUGGGCAGCUGGGAGGCCCACCUCUAUGAACAGCCUUCUGAGACACUGGAGGAGUUUAUCCAGAACUACCUGAGGCCCUCUGAAGACUGUCAGAAAGACAUCGACCAGUCAGUGGACACCAUCUGUGCAGUCCUGCAGAAACCCUGCCAGUCCCUCACCGCGACAGGGGUGGCCAAGGGGGGCUCCUGUGGCCGGAGAACAGUCUUGAGAGGCAACUCCCAUGGUACCCUUGUCGUCUUCUUCGGGGACCUUGAGCAAUUCCAGGACCAGGAAAAGAGACCAUAUGAACUUCUCGGGAAAAUCUGGGCACAGAUGAAACACUGUGAGUGCACGCUGAAUCUGGCAGCCAAGAUGGAGCUCCAGAACACCAACAGGAGCUGCAAGGUCGCUGUCCAGCUUUCCACAAAACAGCAGAGCAUCCCUUUCAAUGCUCUGGGCUUAAGUGAGAAGUUCAGCCUCUGGAGCUAUCGAGAACUCAAAAGAUCCUUGGAUACGGUGAAAGCCGGGCCCGGUGUGUUCUCAGUCUGCUUCACUGAACUCCAGGAGAAGUUUUUUAGCAGCUACCCCAGCAAACUAAAGGAUUUGAUCCUCUUGGUAAAGUACUGGUGUCAAAAGGAGAAGCUCAUCGAUCCACACAAGUCUGAUCAUAUCUGCAAGGUCCCAUCUGCCGCAUAAGGUAGGCAGAGUCACAGAGCAGGACACCGACGCUGGGGAGGGGUAUCGCUGUUUUCCGUCCCCUGAGCAAGAAGCAAACUGCCUCUGCAGACUGAGGCCUGAGCAGAAGAGCAAAGAGAAGAGGCUCGGGUGAGGUGUCUUGAGCUGUGGUCCACAGUGCACAUCCUAUCUGACGUUUUCUACUGAAGAGGAGAGAACCACGCUUUUGGGCGGGUGUCAGACCCCCUUUACCCAUCAGAGCAUGGUUUCCUUCCAGAAGCGACCACAGGUGCGAGGGAGUGAGCAGGUCCCACCCUCCACAACCCCAUUUGAUUCGAGAGCAGGGAACUGUCCCCUUCAGAAUGAGCACACAGCCCCUCCGACCCCAGGACAUCCCUCUCUUCCACACACUUAGAGGGAACAACAUCCCCUACCUUGAAGGGUCGAAUAGUGUCCCAGAAAAUUCACGUCCCCCCAGAUCCUCAGCGUGUGACCUUCUUUGGAAGCAGGGUCUUUGCAGGUAUCAUCGGUUAAGGGGUCACCCUGGAUCAGCGUGGGCUCUGAAUCCAAUGACUGGGUCUUAUAAGACACUCAGGGCCAGACACAGAGGGGACAAGGUCACAUAACAACAGAGGCAGGGGUAGGUGUGAUGCUGCCACAAGACAAGGAAGAUGGCAGGACUGCCAGAAGCUGGAAGAUGCGAGGAAGGAUUCUUCCUGGAGCCUUUGGAGAGAGCCUGGCCCCGCCUACGCUUUGAUUUCAAGUGUUUAGUGGUUUGUUACAGCAGCGCCUGGAAAUCAGUCCACCUGGGCACAGGGUGUUUAACAGAGUCUGAUAGGACCUUGAAAAAAGGAAUGAGUGUGAUCAUCAGGAGUCAACAAUACCCACAAUGAGUGGGAAAGUAAGGAAGGAACACGGCAGUAGGAGAAGCUAUUCAUAGGAGGUACUGGCCAUUGGCAGACGAAGCCAGAACAGAAACUGCAAACUGGAGAGUGAUUCA